AGAACGGUUGCCGCGCGAUUGGGCUCUCAUUUCUUAUCUUAAAGAAGAAAAAGGCGGGCUCCAUCUAGAUCGUUGCAACUUUCCAACGCUUCAUAUCCCACCGGCCUCUAUCUUUCAGGCGUAGACCACGAGCAGAUAAGGCUCUCUCUCUCUCAACAGCUCCCCAUCUUCUCUUCCACUUCCUUCACAUGGUCUCUCUUCUCUCUAACUCCACGGCAUUCUGCCUCUCAAAAUCCCCUCUUUUACCACUCCUCCAACAUGUCCCGCGAUCCACCCCCAGAUUCCCUUCUCCGCGGUUCCACCCACCCUCUUCUAUAAAUGCCUCUGCCAUGGACUUCUCCUCCAAUUCCCAACCUCAGCAGCAGCCGCUCAGGACCCUAUUUCCUGGUGGAUUCAAGCGGCCCGAAAUCAAGGUCCCGACUCUCGUGCUUCAGCUGGACUGCGAAGAGGUCCUCAGGAGGGAUGAUGUACUGGAUUCCAUCAAUGUUGCUAUCUCCAAGUGGGCUGGGAUCGUCGUGCUCGGCUGCAGGGAGGAAAGCGGCGGUGGACAGUUAUAUGAGGCGGCAUGUGUGUUGAAGUCCGUGAUCAGGGACCGGGCAUACCUUCUUGUUGUGGAGCGCGUUGAUAUUGCUGCUGCAGUUGGUGCCAGUGGCGUCGUUCUCUCGGAUAAAGGUCUUCCUACCAUUGUUGCAAGAAAUAUGAUGAUGGAGUCCAAAUCUGACUCUGUUAUUCUCCCUUUAGUAGCAAGAAUUGUGCAGACUGCAAACUCUGCUCUUAAUGCAUCUAGUUCCGAAGGUGCUGAUUUUCUAAUAUUAGGUAUUGAUCGAGAAAAGCAUGCUGAGGCAUUGGUGAGCUCUGUAUGUCAGCACGUAAAGGUACCAGUCUUCACCAUGACUGACUUGAUAGAAGAGGGCGUGCCUUCCGCUCUGGCAUCAAAAUUGCUCCAAUCAGGUGCAAGUGGGAUGGUUGUAUGCUUGAAAGAUAUAAAGCUGUUAACUGAUGAUAUUCUGAGCAAGAUGUUUUCUAUUGUAUAUGCCAUGAAUAGAAGAACACAAGAUGAGUUUCAAAGCUCCAAUGAAAGUGGCAUAAUGGAUGUGGAGAGAGGACUUAAUGGGAAAAGGGGGAUGGCCGGAUUUACGCAAGUUGAGGAUAAAGAAAAACAAUUCAUAGAAGCCGAAAGGCUGGUUUUACGUGAAGCAAUUUCUGUUAUCUGUAAAGCUGCACCACAGAUGGAGGAAGUAUCACUUCUUGUGGAUGCAGUUUCCCGACUCGAUGACCCUUUUUUGCUGGUUAUAGUGGGUGAAUUUAAUUCUGGUAAGUCUACUGUUAUCAAUGCCCUCCUUGGAAGAAGAUACCUCAAAGAAGGAGUUAUUCCGACAACCAAUGAGAUCACUUUCUUAUGCUAUUCUGAGAUGGAUUCUAGUGAGCAACAGCGCUGUGAGAGACAUCCAGAUGGUCAAUUUAUAUGCUACUUACCUGCACCAAUUCUUAAAGAAAUGAAUCUUGUUGAUACACCGGGAACAAAUGUUAUUCUUCAAAGGCAGCAGCGCCUUACUGAAGAGUUUGUGCCCCGUGCAGAUUUGGUCCUUUUUGUUAUUUCAGCAGAUCGACCAUUAACUGAAAGUGAGGUUGCUUUUCUUCGUUAUAUUCAGCAGUGGAAGAAGAAAGUCGUAUUUGUUUUGAAUAAGUCUGAUCUUUAUCAGAAUAUCAGUGAGCUUGAGGAAGCCAUUGCAUUCAUUAAAGAGAAUACACGGAAGUUGCUGAAUACAGAACAUGUCACAUUGUACCCAGUAUCUGCACGAUCUGCUCUUGAGGCAAAACUUUCAGCUUCAUUAGAUGUUGGAAAAGAUUAUGCAGAAGUUUUAUCAAAUGAUCCUCGUUGGAAGAGUAGUAGCUUUUGUGAACUUGAAAAUUUUUUGUUUAGCUUUUUAGAUGGAUCCACAGAUACAGGCAUUGAAAGAAUGAGGCUUAAGCUUGAAACACCAAUUGGAAUCGCAGACCGACUACUCACUGCUUGUGAAUCAUUCGUGAAGCAAGAAUGUGAAUUUGCAACUCAAGAUUUAAUGUCAGUUGCGGAAAUAAUUGGCAGUGUGAAAGAGUUUUCUCUUAAGAUGGAAAGCGAGAGCAUUUCUUGGAGGAAACGGACCUUGUCACUGAUUGAGACAACAAAAGCCCGUGCAGUGAAGCUUACAGAAUCUACUCUUCAAUUGUCAAAUCUUGACCUUGUUGCCUCAUACUUCAUCAUAGCGGAGAAAACCAGUUCAAUGCCUGCUACCUCAAAUGUUCAAAAUGAAAUUAUUGGUCCUGCACUUUUGGAUGCAGAAAGAUUACUUGGGGAAUAUUUAACAUGGUUACAAUCUAGCAAUGCACGUGAAGGGAGGCGUUACAAGGAAUCUUUUGAAAAACGAUGGCCUGCAGUUGUAAAGCCACAAGACUCGACACCUUCAGAAAGUUAUGAAUUGAUGACAAAGAAAGAGGACAUUAGCUUGCAAAUAAUAGAGAACUUCAGUCCUAGUGCUGCUGCAAAACUUCUUGAUCAAGAACUACGUGAAGUGGUUUUUGGAACUUUUGGAGGACUUGGGGCUGCAGGUUUGUCUGCUUCGCUUCUAACAUCUGUGCUACCGACCACGUUGGAGGAUCUUCUUGCUCUAGGCUUUUGUUCUGCUGGCGGAGAGCUGACAAUCACAUUAUCUUUGAGUAGUUUACUGGCGAUUUCAAGUUUCCCGAACCGUCGAAAAGAGGUGACAGAUAAGGUGAAGAGGGCAGCAGAUGCUUUGGCGCGCCAACUUGAGGAAGCCAUGCUCAAGGAUCUCUCACAGGCUCUAGGGAACCUUGAACGAUGGGUCAAGUUCAUCGGAAGGCCUUACCAGGAUGCAGCUCAACAUUCACUCGACCGUAUGCUGGGAAUUCAAGAGGAGUUAUCAAACAUAGGAAAAAAAUUGCAAAGGCUACAAAUAGAAAUCCAAAACCUUCAUGUUCGUUGAGAUUUUCAUUCAACAAAAGUCAUUGAGAGAAUCCUCCUCAUCUACCUGCCUUAUAUCGUUUGUUGUCUUUAUCUACUAAGUACAAAUGCAUUCUUUUGUGAGUGUUCUGUACCCAUUUGUGUAGUUUAGGCCAUGGUAGAGGAAUAAAUGGAGGAUGCUAGCUGUCCUGGCAUUUUUAUUGUAAUAAGAAAAUAUAUAAAAUGUAUCAUUCUCUUUUUGGUAGUAAGUGCCAAACUUGAUCCAGCGGAGCCAUAGCUGUUGACAGGAUGUGUUGUAGUGAAUAUUGAAUGGAAGCACUUGAUAUUGUUUGAAUGAAUAAUUACAUUCAGCAUUUCUGUU